AUCACUGCGGUUCCCUAGUUUAUCAAAAAUAAUGGAGAAUUGUACGUGAGUCGUGAUUCCAGCAAUUAUUCAUACACAUUAUUUGAUUAAGAUUGCGUUUUCUGUACUUGGAAUGUUUCGUUAGUUGGCCAUGAAUAUUAUUACUGAACAUGAACAUUUUGAAGGCAGAAAUUGAGAGAAAACGGAAACAGCUCGAGGAGAAAAAUUUACUGCAACCGGACAAGAAAUUCUUCAAAAGGGCCGAUCUGAAGGCGAAAGAGGAACAGGAAUACUGGCAGAAGUACGGCGAAAGAAAUGAUGAGGCAGCAUGCGACAGCAGUAAGGCAGCAAAAGGUGGUCGAGCAGAAGACGACGGUGAAGACCACACGACUCUGCCGAGGAAGGACGUGAUCAGGCGACUUCGGGAGAGGGGAGAGCCGAUCUUGCUGUUUGGGGAAACCGAGGUGGACGCGUUCAAAAGGUUGCGACGCAGUGAAAUUUUGGAGCCAGAAAUUAAUAAGGGCUUGCGCAACGACUUUCAGGAGGCGUUGGAGAAGGUUGACCAAGCAUUUCUGGAUGAGAUACUUGCAUCCCACACGCCGAAUGGGGAGGGUCACCAAUCGAACGACGUCAAAGUGCAAGAUGACGGCAUCACGUAUGAAGAAAUACAGAAGAUGGCCGCCACGCUUGGCAAAGGAGACAAAGACUUGGAUAUGAGGGUGAUCACACAUUUCAUUCAGUUUCUGCUGAAGAUGUGGGGGAACAGGCUGAACAGCCGGCCCGCUGCGGAAAAGAUGGCGGUGCGCGGGAAGCUGGCCUGCGCGACUUACACCCAGACGCAAGUGUACCUGAAGCCGUUGCUGAGGAAGCUAAAGACAAGGUCGUUGCCAGAAGACAUCCUGGACUCCUUGACGGAAAUCACGGGAUACAUGCUUGAGAGAGAUUACAUCAAGGCAAGCGAUUCUUAUCUUCAGAUGGCAAUAGGGAAUGCCCCGUGGCCUAUUGGUGUCACAAUGGUGGGCAUCCAUGCCCGAACAGGAAGAGAGAAGAUUUUCUCCAAGAAUGUAGCUCAUGUUAUGAAUGAUGAAACACAGAGAAAGUACUUGCAGGGUCUGAAAAGACUAAUGACAAAGUGCCAAGAAUACUUCCCUACAAACCCAUCCCGAUGUGUGGAAUAUUCGCGAAUGGAAUGAAUCUGUUAUGAAUACCAAAUUGGAAUAUUUACUUAAAUUCAACAUGUGUGUGGUGUAAAUGGAAUAUGUUAUCCUGUUUUAUAGGAUUUAUAAAAUAUACUCAUAGCAAUGUGUGCUUUCAGAUUUCUUACUGGAUAGUAUAUGGACUGACCUGGCAUAGGAGAAUGCAUCUCUAAUGAAUUUGCAAGUGACACACACACACACAGGUUUGAAUUUGGACUUUCAAAUUUCUCCCACUUAAUUUUCCAGUGUACACUUGUUGCUAAUGUAUCUUAUGUUUGACAACUUAUAGCUUAACGAAACAAGGUGUUGUAUGCCCACAGACAAUCAAAGUUAGUUGGAUCAUAAUUUUUUGCUUUGAUGACAAGACUGUGAUCAUUGCUCUUUACAUCUCUCGUCCGUUUUUAUUAUGUUUAAAAUGUACUAUGUUAUUAAAACUGAUUUCACUUUACUAUACAA